AUGGCAUCGAUUUAUGACAAAAUCGGUGGUCUUCCAUCCUUAGUAGCUGUUAUAGACAGGCUAUAUUCAAAAGUUUUAGCUGAUCCCAUUACUGGCCCAGCAUUUGAAGGCAGAGACUUGGAUCGAGUUAAAAGAUAUCUUAACUUAACUUAUCAGCUGGUAUUUAAGGUGUCUAGUGCCGAACCCUAAAUAAAUAGGGAUAUAGCAGACUAGUGACGUCACCGAGCCAUCUCGGAAUCGCGGUGGUCAGCCCACCGGCCAAGCCCUUCUAUCAAAGCUUCGUCGCCAGUCGCCGCAUGUUCAUCCGGAGCGUUGCCGAUGCCUUCCCUUGACUCAGCUCCUGCGCGUGUUCCGUUUAAAUGUCAUCUUCUUGUGGAGAUGUACUGAGAGGUGAAAGAGUUAAAAGAUAUCAAGUCGAAAUGUUCGGAGUUAUAAUGGGGGGAGGAUUGCUUUACACAGGCAGAGGAAUGUCAACUACUCAUAAAGGCCUUCGCAUUCAAAAACAGCAAUUUGAUGUUUUUUGUCGCUAUUUAUUGGAAACUUUAGAAGAAUUGAAUCUUGACCAGGAAAGCAAAGAUAUUAUCAUGAGAUUUGUAACAGAGAUGGAAGGCAAAAUAGUAAAUCGCUAG